AUGAAGGAAAGCUCUCAGAAAGGAGGCAUGAAACGGAAGCGCUUCGAACCUUCCAAAGAAAGAGACACAGGGUUGAAAGUCGCUGGAAAACUGCAUCACGAUCUGAAAGAGGUCAGGAAGGCAGCAAAAAAGGCGAAAACUUUUGAGACUCAGAAGUUGGUGAAGAAGCUGAAAGGCCUGCGGUUAAAGAAUGAGAAUGACCCUAGCAUAGUGGAAUGCGAAUUGCAACUGAAGCAUUUGAAACUCCUCAACCACGAAGCUGUUGCAAACACUGCGCUUAAAACGAGAUUAACGAAGGAUAGGAUUUUAUCCCAAAACGAGUCUAUGCAGACUGCUCUUUCUAAAGAGUUGACUACCAAUCUUCUCAAACCCGCUGAGAGCGGUACUGUUGCAGCAAAAAUUCAAAGUCGCUUGCUCAGUUCGAAAGUACUGUCUACAGAAGUUGCUGCCGCUGUCGAAGACUUACGCUCGGUCAUUAUUAUACCGACAGACUCACAAGAGGGUGAUAUCAGCGCCAAUUUGGAUGAAAGUGCGUCUGAGCGGCCGACGAAGAUGAAAAAAAUAGCAGGAAAUUCGGAGGAUUCAGAUGUCGAAAUGGAAUUAGGAAAAGCAGAUGAAGCGGCAGAUGACAUUGAAGAGGAAGAUGAAGGAGACACAGACGGAUGGCAGUCUGGGACUGUAGGAGACGAUGAGAAAGAACCCGAGGAUGACUGGGAGUCUGGAUCUGUCGUCGGGGAACUCGACGAGUAUAUGGAUGAAGACCUUCCGUCGGACAGCCAGGAAGAAUUGAAAGCAGCUUCUAACAAAUCUGGCCCCAUGGCCAAAACUAACUUCAAGGUACUUACUGGCGAAUCGACAUUCCUACCUACCCUAUCAGCUGGAUUCGUUCGUGGUUCCGACUCAGACUGGAGCGAUAAAGAAGAAGAUGCUGCCGAUUUUGGCCAGAAGAAGAACCGACGUGGACAAAGGGCGCGGCGAGCCAUAUGGGAAAAGAAAUAUGGCAAAAACGCGAACCAUAAGAAGAAGGAGGCUGCUUUGAAUGAAAAUGAACGCGGUAGGAAGCGUUGGCCCAAUGGUGAUUCAUCUUCAAAUCGUCCUUCAAAUAAAGCUGGAACCAGCCGGAAGCCUCAUCAAAGCGAGGUUCCUACUCGACCCAGGCAACAGGAUUCUGGCUGGGAACAAACAGAGGUGAUACUUCUUCACCAGGAUCACGAAUCACGACCUCUACAUCCUUCAUGGGAGGCAAAAAAGAAGCUGAAAGAGAGGCAAAGCGCUGCCGCAAUCCCUUCUGGCAGGAAAAUUAAAUUCUCAUAA